GUUCCCGCAAGAGACUGCACAGCCCGCCCCGACCACCGCCGUCGCGCCCGCCGCCGCCCGGCCGGCGCCCUCCCGUUUCCUUCCUCCAGGGGGAAAAAUGUCCUGCGGGCCGCUUUCCAGGAAGCAGCGGGAUGUGCCGCUCCACCGUCAGUAGCAUCAAGCUGCGCAAACCAUGCAGGAUGAUUUACUGAUGGACAAAAGCAAAACCCAGCCCCAGCCCCAGCAGCAGCGGCAGCAGCAGCAGCAGCCCCAGCCCGAGCCCGGCACAGCCGAAGCCCCGUCCACGCCCCUGUCCUCAGAGACCCCCAAGCCGGAGGACAGCAGCGCAGUGCCGGCCCUCAGCCCCGCCGCGGCCCCGCCGGCGCCCAACGGCCCCGACAAGAUGCAGAUGGAAUCGCCGCUCCUGCCGGGCUUGGGUUUCCACCAGCCCCCUCAGCAGCCGCCGCCGCCGCCGCCGCAGGAGCCCGCGGCGCCGGGCGCGUCGCUGUCGCCGUCCUUCGGCAGCACCUGGUCCACGGGCACCACGAACGCGGUAGAGGACAGCUUCUUCCAGGGGAUCACGCCAGUCAACGGGACCAUGCUCUUCCAGAACUUCCCUCACCACGUCAACCCGGUCUUCGGAGGCACCUUCUCCCCGCAGAUGAGCCUGGCGCAGACCCAGCACCACCAGCAGCCGCCGCCGCCCGCACCGCAGCCCGCGCAGCCCGCGCAGCCCCCGCAGGCGCAGCCCUCGCAGCAGCGCCGGUCGCCCGCCAGCCCCAGCCAGGCACCCUAUGCGCAGAGGGGCGCCGCCGCGGCGUACGGUCACCAGCCCAUCAUGACUAGCAAGCCGUCCUCGUCCUCGGCCGCCGCGGCUGCCGCGGCCGCCGCGGCUGCCGCCUCGUCCGCGUCGUCCAGCUGGAACACGCACCAGAGCGUGAACGCGGCCUGGAGCGCGCCGUCCAACCCGUGGGGCGGCCUGCAGGCGGGCCGGGACCCUCGCCGGGCUGUCGGCGUGGGCGUGGGCGUGGGCGUCGGGGUGCCUUCACCGCUCAACCCCAUCUCGCCGCUCAAAAAGCCCUUCUCCAGCAACGUGAUCGCGCCGCCCAAGUUCCCCCGCGCGGCCCCGCUCACCUCCAAGUCCUGGAUGGAGGAUAACGCUUUCCGGACGGACAAUGGUAACAAUCUGUUGCCAUUUCAGGACCGGAGUAGGCCCUAUGACACUUUUAACUUGCACUCGUUGGAGAACUCCUUAAUGGAUAUGAUAAGGACUGAUCAUGAGCCUCUGAAAGGUAAACACUACCCUCCCAGUGGCCCACCAAUGAGUUUCGCUGAUAUAAUGUGGAGGAAUCAUUUUGCAGGACGCAUGGGAAUAAAUUUUCAUCAUCCAGGAACAGAUAAUAUUAUGGCACUUAACACCAGGAGCUAUGGGCGAAGACGAGGUCGAUCUUCUCUCUUUCCCUUUGAAGAUGCCUUCCUGGACGACAGUCACGGCGAUCAGUCCUUGUCAUCCGGCUUAAGUUCUCCCACUCGCUGUCAAAAUGGGGAGCGAGUAGAACGCUACUCUAGAAAGGUGUUUGUUGGAGGCCUUCCUCCUGAUAUCGAUGAAGAUGAGAUCACUGCCAGCUUUCGCAGGUUUGGACCUCUCGUCGUAGACUGGCCUCACAAAGCUGAAAGCAAGUCGUAUUUUCCUCCUAAAGGCUAUGCCUUUCUGCUGUUCCAGGAGGAGAGCUCAGUACAAGCUUUGAUAGAUGCCUGCCUAGAAGAAGACGGGAAACUGUACCUGUGCGUGUCAAGCCCCACCAUCAAGGAUAAACCGGUGCAAAUUCGACCAUGGAACCUAAGUGACAGUGACUUUGUAAUGGAUGGUUCUCAGCCUUUGGACCCCAGAAAAACUAUCUUUGUUGGGGGAGUUCCACGACCCCUUCGAGCUGUUGAACUGGCAAUGAUCAUGGACCGUUUGUAUGGCGGUGUCUGCUAUGCUGGCAUUGAUACGGACCCAGAGCUGAAGUACCCCAAAGGUGCUGGCCGCGUGGCAUUCUCCAAUCAGCAGAGUUACAUUGCAGCCAUCAGCGCUCGCUUUGUGCAGCUCCAACACAAUGACAUUGACAAACGGGUGGAAGUGAAGCCAUAUGUGCUGGAUGAUCAGAUGUGUGAUGAGUGCCAGGGCACACGCUGUGGUGGGAAGUUUGCCCCAUUCUUCUGUGCCAACGUCACCUGUCUGCAGUAUUACUGCGAAUACUGCUGGGCGAGCAUACAUUCCCGCGCCGGGCGGGAGUUCCACAAACCGCUGGUGAAGGAGGGAGGUGACCGCCCUCGCCAUGUCCCGUUCCGCUGGAGCUGAGCCCAGGGUAUACCCAGCCACAAGUACUGGAGUAGAUAACAAGGAGGGAAAAGAGAGGGCACUGCCUCAGGGCUUACAGUGUUCUGGAAAUCUGUGCAUUUGUUCUCGAUUUUUAAAGAAGAAAUGGGUCUUUUUAUUAUUAUUAUUAUUUACAGUCAUAUUACUGAACUCAGUGUCCAGUAUAAUGCAGAAUUGCAGAGUGUAUAACGGUACUGAUUUGCACUUUGAUUCACACCUUUGUCUGCUUGGUACCUUAAUUUCUUACACCUGAUUUGUCACUUGUAGACUGCCAUUCUCAUCAGCGGCCAUCAGGUUGAUGUCUGUGAUUUUUUUGUUUGUUGUUGUUGUAUUGUUAUUGUUUUGAUCGUUUUUGAACUGGAGCAUGCACUUAUUUUCAGAAACUUAGAGAAUCGCCCCUAGGAGAAGACUUACCAAAGGUAAUACUCGUGAGUAGGUGGCAGAUGUAGCAAAAACUUCACAACAAUUCAGCAAUCAUUAGUUGGGGUCAUUUAGAGUAAGGAAAACCCUUAAUGAAAAUAAGCCUUUAGUUGCUCUCUAUUUUGACAUGUAAGGAUACCUCAUAAGCUGAAUCUUUAUUUUUCCUUCAUGUUUAAUUUUUGUUUUGCUGAGGAUUUUGGUUAGAUCUUUUAGUGUUAUGUAAAUUUAUGCUGCAAUAGCUUUUGCUGCUAUUAAAGUGGUAUUAUUAAUACCAUAAUACUCUAUUCAGGCUAAGGUAUCAAUUACAAAAAACCCAACAACAUACUUUUGUGAUUUAGGGAUAGAAUCAGCUGCCGAAAGGAGAUCAGAAUAGACUUGAGAAAGCUUCAACGGAAGGUCACUAUUUCUGACUGCAUGUUUACUUAAUCAGGUUGCUGCAUGCAAUAAAUUUUAUAUCUGAUGUCUAGUAUAAAACCUUCCCACAAUGCACAAAUUAAGAAUCUAUAUAAGCUAUAAAAUACUGAUUUUUUUAAAAAAGAUUUUUUUCAUUCAAAGAAAUGGUAAUUGACUGGAGGAAGGCAUGCCUCAAUAAAUGGAAUGCUUUGGAAAUUAGGAACAGCCCAUAACAGAAUGACCUAUAUUACAACCAAUAUAAAACCUAGGUGUAGGAUAUUCUUAAAGCAAAUUUGUGGAUGGUAGAUGAAGUAUUUUGCGGUGCUCUGUUAUAUAUUGUGCAAUUUAUUUUAUAUAGUAAAGUGAUUAUGUCUAACUGUGAUCAAACUUAACUGUUUAAAGCCUCUGUGUCAGACAUUAACGAACUUGACAGUUCAUAACUGGUAUAUUAUUAACUAACACAUGAGCUCUUAGUUACAAUCUCCUAGUGCUUGCACCAUUUUACAUAGCUUCAGACCUUGUCCAGAAAACCAAAGAGCUCAUCUUAGCUUACAAACACUAGGAAUAUAUACAGUAUAUAGAGAUAAGUUGUCAAUUGACAAACUAGGCACAUUUUAAGAAAGUUGCGUGAUCGUGAUGCUAAAGAAAUGUCUGUACAAAAUAAGAUGGCCUGGGCAGGGUUGGUUGUCUGGGUGAGAAAUUAACUACUUAAUUCCCUGGAUUUAUCCUGUAAAGCUUGAAUAGAAUUCAGACCUGCUAGUACUACCAUGGACAUUUUUUUAGCAUUCACUCUUGGGCUGCAGAUAGUAAUAUAUAAACACACACAAUGAUUAUGAGACUAUGUAAAUCUUUUUUUAAAUCUUCUUCCUAUGUUUUGGAAUUCUGGGGACAAUCUGACUGGAUAUGACACUGCAGAAUAGAUUUAAGUCGCUGUGUUUUAUGUGCUGUGAUGUCCUUGUACUGUCUUAAUAUCGCUUGGUUUUGUUUUGUUUUGUUUCUCCAGUGUUUAGUUGCAAUUAACAGCUCUCAAACUAUAGUUUGUUUUCAAAAAGGAAAAAACAAAAUAGUUUUUUACUGGAUUAAAAAUGCUUAUUAGAAUUCUCCCCCUUUGAGGUUACCUCUGGGCUUUUUGGUAAUAAUUGCUUUUUUCCAGCCCAGCUGUGGUUUUCUGUUUGUUUUUUUUCUAUGUUUGUGGUUUUUUUCAUCUGUACAAGAAAUUUUGUUAUGCACUACUACUUUUUGUAUGCUAGACAGUUUUCAAAAGUUGGCUGAAGAAUUUUUUGUUUGUUUGUUUUUAAGGAAAAAGGCAUGCUUUCUGACUGACAUGAUCUUUUGCAAUACCUCAAUUUUGAAAUAUAGGAAAGAAAAUGAUAUUUUCUAAGUAAGUUUAUUCAGAAAAAUAUAUAUUAAUUUAAUUCUGCAAGAAAAAUGAUUUAACAGAUGGGUAACUUUAUUUUUUUCAUGCUUAUUUGUGUUUUUUGAAAAUGAAGAAGUUAGAGCUUUAUAACUAUAAUAUUAAAGAUCAUAUCUAACCUACAGAAAUCUACCUAAUUAUGUGAAAGAAGCAAAACUUUUUGAAGAAGCACCCCUCUUUCAUGUACUAAAAUAACACUGAGAUUUAAAAAAAAAAGCUGGAAUAUUGUACAGCAUAAAGCUGAAGUGAAGGCGAAAAAGCAUUGUCAUAAAGAAUAGGUUACAAAAAAUAAACUCCAUUUGGUGCUGAAAGUUGUGAAUAGGUGGUGGAAACUACUUUCCCUUAAUUUGUAUAUUUAUAAUCAAGCGUUGAUUGUGCACGACUGACCAGGAUUGUGAAAGAGUUCUUCUGUUUGUAUUUUUUUAAAGAGAACUUUUUUAGUUUAUUAAAUUAUAACAUGUUCCCUUUUGUUUUGUAAAUAAAUGUGCCCCCAAGUUGUUAAUGUUAUAUUAAAAGAGAGGGUCCUUCAAAAAAAAUUAUUUUUUAAAACACAGAGGUGUUCUGACCUGCAACUUGAUGGGAAGCCCCCGGGUAUCACAGGUCCUGUUGUGGCCUUUCCUUGAUGUGACACUUGAACUAGUCGAUUUUUUGAAGGCUAUAACCUAACCUCGACUAUUUGUUGUUAUGUGCAAUACUGUUUGUACUGUUUGUAUAAAAAAUAGAAAAAAAAAGAAAAGAAAAAAGGCAUAAAUCUUUAUUGCAGAUUUAUUUUCAUUGCAAACUUUAGACAUUGUGAUUCACUGAAAUCAUUUUUCUACUGUCAAAUAUGUACCUUUUCUUCAUGCUGGUAUUUUUUCAAUAGUAAUGUAGCCUUUGUACUGAGACAAAUUUUCAUUGUUAUUUUUAGAAAGAUUUUUUGCUAAGAAAAAAAUUAAACAUAUUUACAUAUUUUUCAUUUUAUUUCGUAUUUUCUUUAAGGAGUGCUUUCUCAAUCAUUAAUAGAGUUGUUUCUGGGAGGGACUUUCAUAUCUGGUCAAUGUCAUAAUAUUAUUUUGUAUUUUUACUUGGAAUAAAUUAAUUUUAUGAUGCUAAUUCUUUAAAAGUUUAUUUUUUUCAUUUUCAGUUAUUUUUGAAGCUAAAACCUUUGUAAUAUUGUUACUAAAGUGUCUAGUUUUUUGAAAUGCAAAGCUUUAUGUAUUAACUUGCUGAUGUGGUUUACAAUAGUGUGACAACGAUGAAAAUGGUUGGUUAUGUAAAGUGAUUGGAAAAUGUAAUGGAUAAUUGGGUAAUAAAAUGACAGAAUGAGCAGAACA